GAGCUAGCUAACAACUUCCCGGGUCAACUUGUACAUGCGAGAAGUGACAGCAGCAGCGAUCAGCGGGCAAACAGCUGGUUAUUCAUUGUCUUCAUAAUCAGUGGGUUUGCUUUCAAACUUCUUCAUCUUUGAGUGGCGAGUUUUAAUUCCCGUAAAAUGGUGUUUUACUUCACAAGUGCCGUGGUGAACCCCCACUACACAAUCUACAUGGGAAAAGACAAAUACGAAAAUGAGGAUCUAAUUAAGUAUGGAUGGCCUGAAGACAUCUGGUUUCAUGUGGACAAACUGUCUUCGGCUCACGUUUAUCUGAGACUGCCAAAGGGUCACACAAUAGCUGAUAUCCCCCCGGAGGUGCUGAUAGACUGUGCACAGCUGGUGAAAAACAACAGCAUCCAAGGCUGCAAGAUGAACAACAUCAAUGUGGUUUACACACCGUGGUCAAACCUGAAGAAAACCGGAGACAUGGACGUAGGACAGAUCGGCUUCCAUCGACAGAAAGAGGUAAAGAUCGUGUCGGUGGAGAGGAAGAUCAACGAGAUCAUAAACCGUCUGGAGAAAACUAAAGAAGAACGGCUCCCUGACCUGGCGGCGGAGAAAGAGUCGAGAGACAGAGAGGAGAGGAAUGAGAAGAAAGCUCAGCUCCAAGACCUGAAGAAGAAAGAGAAGGACGAGCAGAAGAGGAAAAAAGAGAUGGAGGAACUCAAGAACUACACGUCAUUGAUGAAGAGUGAAAAUAUGAAGACUAAUGAGGACGGCUACGAUUCAGACGACUUCAUGUAAGCGGUGAACACCAGGCAGAGUACAGACAGAAUCCUCCUCCACCUUUCAGAUCUGCUGUCAGGAUGUUCCCCUGCUGCUUUUUCUUGCUGCACCUCUGCACUGACAUUGGAGAGAAAGAAAUAAAAAAAGACAAAUGGCUACCUUUUUUGCUUUUGGACACUUGGAGCAGAAAGGGAGCCAAUGAAGGACAGCGCUGGGUCUUAUUCCACACUUGCUGAUUGGUUCAGACACUUGCCACCAAACCAAGCUAACCUCCUCAUCAAUGGACGACACUGUGGGAGAAACACAGGACAUGAAGAAUGCUGAUGUUCAUUUUGAGGCGGGGGAAACACUCAAGUAGCAGAACUGUGUUUGAUUGGGUUUUCACUUCCAUGUCGACAGAUCGUGAUGUUUGUUAAAAUGAGUGUGUGGGUGUUUAAUAACCCUUUGAACCCUUCUGCUCACUUUCUUCAUGUUGUCAUUUCUCUGCAUGCCAGAUUUUAUUGAAUACAAUUCAGUGUAUGUAUUAAAAUCACUUAUGUUGACAA